GUCUUGAAAGAAUGCAAUACACGGACGUAUCGUGACCGUACAUACGAGGUCGAAUUGUUCUGUAGCGAUUCCGCUUGUACCGAUACUUCUAUGCUAACAAUUUCGAAUCUUCAUUUAUAGUAACGGGUACGCGUAUCAUUGAAAAACAACAAAAUCUAUACGGAAAUAUACGUGACAGUAAUGACAGUGCCAAUUAUACAGCCGUGGCUUCGCUACGUUUAGAAAAUCGCUAAAGCAUUAAAAUCGACAAGAAAAGUGCGUGUACGUGAGUGAAUAGAGUGCCUCAACCCUGAUCUCCGCGCCCUUCUGAAUCGUUGACAGUUACCGUGAUUUUCUUUAAACGAUAUUAUCGAUGACGUGCUGUGGAUCGAUCUACGAGGAUACAAAGGUGUUGCAUGCUGCGUGCUAGGGCAAAAAACAAGGGUUUUUAUUGUCAUAUUUUAACCAUCGAGGUGGGCUGCACCGACAAGACUGUGGACGUUCCUAGAUUGGCGAUGAAAAUAGAAACAUCACAGGACAUGACAUAAAUAUUAAUAUAAAACAUACGGGGAACGGCAUCAUGAAGAAUCUCGCGCCGUAGUCGCCGCUUGCAAUGUUAGUCACACAGACACCCUCCUCGACGGACAAUCUGCCGAAUAUGCUGCCGGUACUCGAGGAGGAGGCGGAUGUCGAUGUUGACGAUGCUUUCCCGCCACACGUUGACGCGACGAACAUCAUCAUACAACCGGAGUCGCCCACCAGCAAGAAGCAGGCGCUGAAGACCUUCAACGAGGUCAACGCGCUCCUCCAGGCCGGCAGGAAAAGGGAGGCUAAGUUGAUCAUAAGGGAAAAUGCGUGGCCAUUGAACAACGGGAUCAGGACGCAAUUGUGGCCAGCCCUUUGUCAGCAACACGCACAUGGGAAGAACAUGCUUGAUGGAUUCUAUUGGGACAUGGUCAAUCAAGUGUUUGGAACUACAGAACUGCCGGAAAAAUCAAUCAUGUUACCACCAUUCGUGGACAGUACUCAUUGCCUGUCGUACCACCUGACGAGAAAAGGCAGGUGCGUUGCGGACAGGGUUGUAUCUGUGCUGGGAUACGCUUGUCCCGAUAUUACCUACAGUCCUUCUCUUUAUCCCAUCACGGCUCUUCUUCUUCACUUUAUGCCAGAGGAGGAGUGUUAUCAUUGUAUGGCCAGUUUGGUUGCCGCUAAAGAUAAGAUGUUCAUCACACAAACGAAGCUCCUUUACGAAGUUACCUGGAAAACUGUGGAACAAAUUACGAAGAAGCAUGUGAAAUCGGCAGCGGUACAUUUAGCGAGGCACUGUUCUGGAUCAAGAGCAGAGAGAAUUUAUAUGGAUUGGAUGUGGUGGAUUCUACAACUUCUUCCUUUCCAACAUCUAGUCAGGGUUAUGGAUUGUUUUCUUCAUGAAGGCAUUAAGGUAUUCUAUCGAGUAGCAAUGGCAAUAGUUUUAUUAUUCUAUAAACAUUCAUCGUUGCAAAAUUCUGAAUGGAUGAACGAAAUUUCGAAAAAUGGAAUUGAUGCUGCACUUUCAAAAUUCUGCAGGCAAAUACCAGUAACGUCAGCUAAAUUUUUACGUACCGCAUUUGGAAUACGUGGACUCAGUUCAGCAUACAUAUCAAGAGUAUUUUUGCGCACAGAAAUGGCUCUAAAAAGUAAAAGUGUUUUAACGGGAUCCAGAUCAUUGGCAAGAUCACGAUCCACAGACAAUCUGCCGACGAGUCAGUCUCAAGUCAAUAUUCAGAUGAUGUCACACACGCUCACGAUACGAGAAGGUGCACACAGUCCUGGACCGCGUGCUCUGUCAAUGGGCGUUUAUCCCAUACAAAGCAUAUGCUCCCAGAUUCUAGACAUGCCUGAUUUAUUCACGUUAUGGUCUUGGUUGCCUAUGCGGAUCACUAUGUAUCAACCAAUUCUAUUGUAUACAACAGAAGAGCAUGGUUGUUCUUUGACAACAUUUUAUGUAAGAGUAGAGCAACAUGAACCAACCUUAUUGAUGAUAAAAACAUGCAAUAAUGAAGUAUUUGGUGCGUAUUGUUCCACGAGAUGGUGUGAACGUAAUAUGAAAAAUGAUAAAGGACAAAGACAAGCUUAUUUUGGAACGGGUGAAACUUUCUUAUUUAGUUUAUAUCCUGAACGAGCAAAAUAUCCUUGGGUGGGUAUGGAUUCUUCGCACAAUGAUCCUAAAGUUCAUCAUUCAGCUGAAUUAUUUAUGGCAGCAGAUUCCAAAAUGAUAACAAUUGGCGGAGGAGAUGGUCAAGCAAUAUGGAUGGAUGAAAAUAUAAGAUUCGGAAAAACAGAUCGGUGCUCUACAUUUAAUAAUCCACCUCUCUGUGCCAGCGGCGAUUUUGAGAUUAGGGUACUAGAAGUGUAUGGAUUUGCCGGUGCUUGAACAGAAGACAGAACUUGGCACUACAACGUAUCAGCAUACUUGAUUCCCUACUGCCAUUUAACGACUCUCUUCUAUAUAUAUAUAUAGAAUUGAAGAAUAUUAUGUACAAGUUUCAUAUAUGCGCAAAAUUACCGUGUUUUUCCAGUCGCGGUAUUUAUGAUGCAUCUUCAGUCGUUUGCGGAGUACUAGUAUUAUUAUAUAUGCAUGUUUCGUUGUUGAGGCGCUAUAAGAGGUUCUGUACCGAUUGAGAUUAUAUAGAUUUAUCUCCUUCGUUCUAUUACGCUUGUUCGAUUAUUUGUCUCGACAUUUGCAGACAAUUCCUACGUUCAUUGUGUCGUGAGUUUAUUCUCAAAUAGAGAAUAAUAUGACACAAAAUGGUUGCUAAUGCAUAGAUUAUAGCCUGCGACGUAAUGAACAUCGACAAUAAUCAACGUUGAGUCAUCUUUUGUUAUGUUAGAAAUCUAAUAUCUAAUAUGUAUAUAUGUAAGAAAUGAUUGGUUAUUUACAUGAAUACUUAAUAUUCAUUGGACCAGAUGCUAUCAUUAUAUAUAUUUAUAUAUUUGUGUAUAUACGUACAUAUACCUAUAUAUACUGCAAAUUAAUUUCAUCGAAUCUAUUGUUAAUCUUCUAAUUUGACAGUAAUGCUCGUACACGUAUGUGUUAUGCCUUGCAAUGUUUAUUUACUUUAGUAUUGUUAUGGCUUGCUAAAUCAGUUGUUGAAUGUAUGUAAGUGCAAACAAACGGAAGGAAAGAGUAUUGUUUAUACGUUAUAUAUUGUGUCUGUCAUGCGUUAUCGUAUACGUGUAUAUACGUGUACACUGUAUACAUAUGUAUAUGUUAGUCUCUUAAUUUUUGUAAAUAUUAUAAAUAGUGCCCCUUGCGCAAAUAAGUAUGUGGAACAGAAUUCAUAUACGUAAAAUUAGUCGAUUCAUUCUACAUUAAUAUAAACACGUAUAUAAUGAAAAUUUUACGUGAAAUUACGCAUUUAUAUUAAUGUGAAGUAAAUUAACUAAUUUGUACAUUAACAAAUAUUGAUUAAGCAUAGAAAGAAAAGAAACGAAGAAAUAUUGAUGGCAGGGGGCGAAUGGUACUUUGAACAACGAUAAUUUUUAAUUUCUAGAAAUGAUUACAUUAAAAAAA